AGGUAAGUUUCGCUCUUGGUCUCCACCCUCUGUUGGAGUGGGAUCCAAUCAGAGGGUCUGCAGAAAAGAUGUAGUGAGUUUGAGAAAAGCUUCGCCUUAAAGGCAUGGGGAGAAGUGUUUGGGACAGGGAACAGAGCAUCAUUCAGAGAAGAGAACAGAGCCUCUGUUACUGAAACAGCAUCGAGCCAGCUCACCUCCUACCACUGAGACUCAAUAGAUAUUUAAGAGAGGACACAGACACCAUGAGUGACGACCAGAGCCUGUCAGAGGUAGAGAUGAGCCCUGUUGGGUCUGAAGACCCUUCCUUGACUCCUGACCCUCUCCCACCCCAUGCUCACUCUGGACCAGAUGAUGACGAUGACGAUGAUGGUAAAGUAAAGAAGGAACAGGAUAUAGAGGAUGAUCGUUUUCCUGUUUGCAUUCGUGAAGCAGUCUCCCAGGUCCUGAGUGGAUAUGACUGGACGUUAGUGCCUAUGCCUGUCAGGGUUAAUGGCAGUAAUAAGUCCAAGCCCCAUGUCAAGAGACCCAUGAAUGCCUUCAUGGUGUGGGCACAAGCUGCACGUCGGAAACUGGCAGAUCAGUACCCCCAUCUGCACAAUGCAGAACUUAGCAAGACCCUGGGAAAGCUGUGGAGGCUACUGAAUGAAAAUGAUAAGAGGCCCUUCAUAGAGGAGGCAGAGAGGCUUCGGAUGCAGCACAAGAAGGACCACCCAGAUUAUAAGUACCAGCCUCGUAGAAGAAAGAAUGGCAAGCCCACUUCUGGUGAUGGAGAUGGUUCCUCUGAAACAGAGGGGGGAGCUACCUCUAUACAGGCUCACUACAAGAACUCACACCUAGACCACAGGCAUGGUUCUCCAAUGUCUGAUGGAAACUCUGAACACUCCACAGGACACAGCCAUGGACCCCCCACUCCUCCAACUACACCUAAGACAGAGCUCCAGGCAGGAAAAUCAGAAGUCAAGAGAGAUGGAUCACGUUCAAUGGGAGAAGGAGGCAAACCUCAUAUUGAUUUUGGCAAUGUGGAUAUUGGGGAGAUCAGCCAUGAUGUUAUGUCUAAUAUGGAAACCUUUGAUGUCAAUGAAUUUGACCAGUAUCUCCCACCCAACGGCCAUGCUGGCCACCCCAGCCAUAUUGGGAGCUACACCUCUAGCUAUGGCCUUAGUGGGGCUCUGACCAGUGGCCCCUCUGCUUGGGCUCUAGCUAAGCAACACUCUGCAACUGUGGCAGACUCCAAAGCUCAGGUGAAGACAGAAAGUUCAGGUACAAGUCAUUAUACAGAGCAACCGUCAACAUCUCAGCUGACCUACACUUCACUGGGAUUGCCACAUUAUGGUUCGGCCUUUCCAUCUAUCUCCAGGCCUCAGUUUGACUACUCUGACCAUCAGGCUUCAAGUUCUUAUUACAGCCAUUCCAGUCAGGCAUCAAGUCUUUACUCAGCCUUUUCCUACAUGGGUCCUCCACAACGUCCUUUAUACACUGCAAUCGCUGAACCUCCCAGUGUGGCUCAAUCACAUAGUCCUACGCAUUGGGAACAGCCAGUCUAUACUACUCUGUCAAGACCCUGAAAUAUACUGUGGAGCAGAUACAGAACGUGGAUCUCUCUGGGAGCUUGCUCCGACGGGAUCCUCCCAUGGCUUAACUCCAAGGUAGAUUCCGGAUUCCAAGAGCACCUGGAAGCCGUAGCUGGUUUCUACGGGACCCUGGGGAAGACGGUGACUGGAGAACAUAAGCUAGGGAUCAUUCUUCGCUGAAUCGAACUCCAGUGUAAAUUGAAGCGUGUAGGAUAGCAAAUCAAUGCAGGGAUGGGGGAAGGGAAAUCAGAUUAUAAACACAUUAUCUCCCAAUUUAUGGGAGGAAGCUGCAACAUUUGAUUUAGGAAGUGGCUUUCAAUUAAAGCCGACAGUGGAAGUUUGACUGUACAUUCUGGCUGCACAAGGCAAGUUCCUCUCCGAAUAACACUCAAAGCAGCUUGACUUUUUUUGUUUUGUUAAAUCCAGUUGACCUGGGCUGCUAAUCUGUAUGAAAUAAGGGAUAGUCCAACCAUCAUUAACUAAUUUAACAUCUUGGGACAUUACGGAAAAUAAGUUUCUCUAAUCUUAUCCUCGAAGUAGAAGAUGCAUAUUAGGUUAGAAAGGAAAACUGGGUAGAAAGUAUUUGUUUUAAUUUUCCUUGAACUGCAUCUAUAUGGUCCUGAGAAACUAGAAGACGUGUAGGCAGGAGAUAGUUAUUCCAGUGAUAGCACUGACUAUGUAUACUCCAUUUAUGUUACUGUGAUGAGUUGCAAUAUGGCAGACAAAUGCUUUUAAUGGCAAAUAAUUGACUAUUGGGUGUGGUAAGUUGGCCAACACUUGGCUUGCAAGUUUAUCCUCAGUAGUACGAUGCUCUCAAAGAGAUAAAUUAAAGUACCUCCUUUGAGAGGAGCAAAAUGGCUGCUCAUUUGUAUCCAUCAUGGUGAAUUGUAUACCAUAAAGCAGCAAUACCUAAUACAACUGGGAAUUAUUUCAUUGUUAAGGACAGUAUUCUAUUACUUGGGUCUAGAAGACAUUUCCCGUGCAGAAUACUAGUGAAUAAUACCCAACUGAAGAAUACAGUUAAAAUAAAUGCAAAUGUAGACGUAAAAAACACUUAAGGUGUUAAAAAUGUAAUUUAAUUAAUUAAAAAGUUUAUAUAUAGCAAUUGUAGAAAUUCUGACCCCACACAUCAAUAAAACAACCACAACAAUUUAGAAAUGUUUUUUUUUUUUAUUCGGUAAGCUUGACAUUUAAAGAAAUCUAGUACAGAGUUGCCCAUCUAGAAAUGCCUUUCAAAAAAAAUUGUUUUGUAUACAGUUAUAAUUUCUUAAGGGCCAUUUUGAUAGACCUUCCAAUAACAACAUGACUGCUAUAUUGGCUGUAUACAACACAUAAGGUCACUUGUUGUUGGAUGGUUAAAAUGCAGUUGUUUUUAUGUUUUAUCACUCAACAUUUCCAUACUUAAAGGGACACUAAACCCAAUUUUUUUUUACAGGAUUCAGGUAGAGGAUUUAAUUUUAAACAACAUUCCAAUUUACUUUUAUUAUCUCAUUUGCUUCAUUCUUUAGAUAUCCUUUGUUGAAGAACUAACAAUGCACACUGGUGAUCCCAUCACACGAGGCAUCUAUGUGCAGCCACCAAUCAAGCAGCUACUAAGCCUAUCUAGAUAUGCUUUUCUGCAAAGGAUAUUAAGAGAAUGAAACAAAUUAGAUAAUAGAAGUAUAUUAGACAGUUGUUUAAAAUUACUGUUCUUUCUAAAUCAUGAAAGAAAAAAUAUGGGUUUCAUGUCCCUUUAACAUUAUGUAAAAGGCUUAAAGGGACAUAAAAAAUGUUUUCUUUCAUGAUUCAGAUAGAGAAUGUGAUUUUAAACAACUUUCCAACUUACUUCUAUUAUCUAAUUUGUUUUGUUCUCUUGGUAUCCUUUCCUGAACAAGAUACCUAGGUAGGCUUAAAGUGAAGGUUAAUUUUGACGAAUUAGUGCCCGGUUUUUAAUAAUCCUAUUAAAAACAAGGGCACUUUAAUUCAUCAAAAUUGACAUUUCAAGCGUUUUCUUCAAAAAUGUACCUUUUAAUCCUGAAAGCUGCUCCAUCGAUUCCCCCGGCCGUCGGAAACCUCUGCUUACAUCAGAAAUGACGAAUCCGACUUCCUCCGAUCACUGCGUUCCCCCAGGGGGGGAUCAUGGCCUGAGGGAACGCCAUAAUUGGAUGAAGCCGGAUUCAUCAUUUUGGACCCGCGAAGAGAACUUGCGACGGGCGGAGGAAACGUUGCAGCGGCUCUCAGGAUUAAAAGGUAAAUUUUUGAAGAAAACGCUUGAAAUGUCAAUUUUGAUGAAUUAAAGUGCCCUUGUUUUUAAUAGGAUUAUUAAAAACCAGGCACUAAUUCGUCAAAAUUGAUCUUCACUUUAAGAAUUGCUGCACAUAUAUGCCUCAUUUUAUUGGCACACCCAAUGCGUUUUUACCUAGCUCCCAGUAAUGUGUUGCUGCUUCUUCAACAAAGGAUACCAAGAGAACGAAUCAAAUUGGAUAAUAGACAUAAAUUGGAAAGAUGUUAAACAAUGUAUGCUCUAUCUGAAUAAUGAAAGAAACAUUUUGGGUUUCAUUUUCCCUUUUAAAUCAAGGGAAUUGUACAAAGAUUUUGACUAUUUGAUCAAAUAUUUUUAACUUAAAUCGGACUGUAUAUUAUUUCAGUCUGUGCAACUGACACACACCACCCCACUUGCAUAACUAAGUCCACCUUUGUGGUGGCCAUAUACAACAUACGUGUGUAUUUCUUGCUACCAAUAUUUCACCAUAACAGGAAAAAAAAACUAAAUUAUCGCUAGAUACUAUGAAGUGUGUUUAACAGGAUGACAAAAAUGGAAAAGACAAUAUGUAAAUAUAUAUAUACAAAUAUAUAUAUAUUUUUGUUUUGGAUUAGAAAGUGAGACUGGUGCUUUAAAACCAAAUAAUGUCUCGGUGGAAUUGAGAUUUAACAAGUUUAUUGUUGUUUCAUAUAAUUUUUGUAUUCUAGUUUAUACUUGUGAUAAAGAGGGACAGAACUCCAUUAACCCUUUAGUGGUUAAAUCUUUUUUUUGAUGCUUUGUCCUAUCCCCAGAUUACCGCUGGUGUCUGAUAAAACGCAUCCCUUCCUCCAUCGGUCAGAGACGUGAUUGUGUGUAAAGUGUGUCAAUUUCCUCUUAUUUUCUGUAACUGCAUCUUUGUUAUUUAUGUAAAUAUCAUACUGUCUUGCGCAAUUUUUCUGACUUGUUAUUCUUUUUAACUGUGUAUAAACCUAUAUAAAUAUAUAUAUAUAUAUUCAAAUAAUAAAAGCUGAUGCUUUCUUGAGAA